CAUGUUUGAGCUCGUGUUCUGGCCACGGGGAUUGUUAUAACGUUCACGGAAUUCAUGUGUGCAGUUGUCAUCAUGGAUUCUAUGGGGAUAUGUGUCAACAUACAUUUUUUACAACUACAACAACCGCAACCACCACCACCACCACUAUCGACCCACCCGCAAAUACAGUCCACCACUGUGACCGAUCGUACUGUAAUGGUUACGGAGACUGUGAAAUAAUCGAUGGUCAGAGGAGAUGUUUAUGUUAUCAAGACUUUCACGGGGACACUUGUCAAUAUAGAUCUUCAAACCAUGCAUCCACUGAUUGCAAUAGCGAGGACUGCUCACAUGAAGGAACGUGUUAUAUGCAGGAUGGAAGACCACAUUGUCAAUGCUACACCCAUCGAUAUGGAGACUACUGUGAAUAUUUUGAUUAUUGCGAAGCUGUCUCGCCGUGCUUGAAUGGUGGGACCUGUGUAAACCAGAUGGACGUCAACCAUUCUUACACUUGUACAUGCCCAUACGGACGAGAAGGAAGCCAUUGUGAGAAUGAAUCGCUAACUACAACAACAACAACAACGACUCAACGAUCCUCAACUACUGCGCCAACUUCAUCGGUGACAUCAACAACGGCACCAACAACGACUCCACCCUAUCCCUAUUCCCACUGCAACAAAUACUCGACUGUUGGUGACCUUGCGCAUAAUGACUCUGUGGAACAACCUACUGCGUUUCAAUGUUCAAGCGGAAGUCAUACCGGAUCAGACGCUUUUGUUCUUCAAAAUUGCAACGUUAAUGCUUCAAACCAGUGGAUGCAAGGAAGACAAGUGGUUACUGAUUGCUCCGACAUACCAGCUUUCACUCCCAUUGCAACCUUUGAGGUGGGGACAUUUUCCAGCAAAAACGUGGCAGGAGUCUUCAUUGAUUGCCUUUCAAAUGGAUUCAGGAUUGCAACACAGUCUUGUGACCAGUCUCCAACGAUCGUGCAUAUUGCGAACGGGGGAUCGGGAAAUCUAAAUCCAAAUGCUUAUUAUACUGUCCAAUAAAUUAGAAGUAAUGUUAUAUAUAACCAUGUGUACAUGGUAUUAAAUACUU